CGUCCAUGAGCACACUGCUGACAUCGACUUUUGAUGUGGACAACAACGGACAACAACGAUGAUGAUGGAGGGCGAGGAACACCUGGUGUACUCGACAGCGCUGUCGGACAACGUGGCAUCGGCGCUGGCGCACCACCGCUCGUCCCUGGAUCCGCUCGUCCUGCAGUCGUCACCGCUUGGCCUUCAGGAGUCCACCGCAUACUUCCAUCCAGGAUACGUGCCAGCAGCACAAGUACAUCAGCAGGGCUUUCAGGCAGAGCAGACAGGUUGGCAACCACAGCAGCAAGCGUCACAACAAGAGCAGCCGCAGCCGCAGGCGCAGGAAUGGGAUGGGCCUCGCCUCUGCUUGGUGAUUGACACGAAUGUAUUCCUCACUGGCCUCAGCUAUCUUGAGACGUUCCUCACCGCAUCCAACGACCUUCCCUUCCUGGUUGUACUGGCACUGCCAUUGACGGUGGUGGAGGAACUCGACUCCUUGAAGGACGCCCAUCGCAUGUGCCAGGAUGAAACCGGCCGCGAAGUCCCAAUCUCCCAGCUCGCUCGCCGAGCCAUCAGGUGGAUCCAGAACAUGUUCCAGCGGCACCCGCAUCACAUCAUCGGGCAGCGUAUGGCGGACGUGCACAUACGGUCACCGGUUCUUCCCGUUGUGAAGCAGAACGACGACAGAAUCCUCCACUUUGCACUCGCCCUCCAGUACAUGCUGCUUGCACGGUUACGGCAAUACAAGAUGAAGAUUCUUCUGCUCUCCCACGACCGCGCCCUCUGCGUCAAGGCGACGAUGAACGGGCUUGCUUCGUGUUCGCACCACGAGCUCCCGGCGGACCCCCACACAAUUGGCACCGCUUUCACCGAACUCAGCUGGACGGUGGACGGCAGCGAAUUAGCGGCGACGCAGCUCGAUGAUACGGAAUCAGAGGAGUUCGUGCCUCGCGCUGUGGAGGUGAUUGCACCGACACCAAAUCAUGAUGACGAUGUUGAUGAUGACUACAGCCCCGACCCAAGAAGCCAUAUCGAACUUACCCUUCACGGCAACGACAACGACGACGACGACGACGGUGGUGGUGGCGAUGGGUACGUUGACGCGAGCAGCACCGCCGCUGUUGGUGUUGGUGCCGGCACUGGGAUGGCAACUCGGAGUGCAAUCAGAAGAACAGCCGGCAACAGAUACAAGAACGAAGCACCGCUGCUCCUGCCACCACCGUCAUCUUCACUAUCGUCAUCGUCAGCACCGUCCUCGUCAGUGAGCUGGGGUGACGGUGGUGUUGGCGUUGGCAUGUCGAUGGAGGUGGAUCGACCAGACAUCUGUAUCUGCUCAGCAUAUCCUACAGCACACCUUAAGCACGCGCCUGGCGAGCCAAUACAGCCGCUCUGA